CAUCCCGGUGUCGUUGAUUAAUAUUCGUUCGUUAAGAAUUUUUCUUCCUUUUUACUUAAUUCUUUCGUUUUCUUCCCGCAUAAUUUUAAACUAUGUAUCCACGGUAGUUUGUGAAUAUUUGUGUUUCUCUGCUAGUGGAUGGAAACAUGUGAUAAACGCAUGCUCGUGAAUGUUCGUCAAAACCGUUGAUAAUUUGAAAUUUGUGUUCAUGUAUAAUAUUCAAUGAAGAAGAAAGAAUAUAAUCUUCAAAAUUGUCAUUCUGCUGAAUCAACGAUAGGUAUUUACAGAUAUGCCCAGAUUUGAUGUGAUUUCGUACGAACCGUCGUUGCACGGUACGAAAGGCACCGAGAGCGACGAGGAUGAUGUAGCCGUGCGGCGGCUGCCGAUUCACGAGAAUAGCAUCGAGAGGAUGUACACGAACGAACAACGUACACGAACAAACGAGAAGUUGUUUAUUGCACCUCGAGGCGAUUCGAUUUGUAACGCGUUAGAGAAUAAAAAAAUCGAGACCAAACGAAUUAUCACUGCCGGAGCAAUAACGACGCUCGAUUAAAAAAAUCGUUCCAUCGUGAGACUGACUGAAAAAAAGUAUAUCUCCCUCUCUUUGUUCGAUCCUGUUUCUCCGCCGCUGCUCGAGAUCAAAAAGACUGAAUAUCAAAGAGAGGCAAGAUGUUGGGCGUGAGUCAACCGGGAAACCCACCCUCGAGCCUGCGACACUCGGCGAGUUUCUCCUGUUUGCAACGCGGCACAGCGAGCGAGGGGCACAGGGCGAGGACCUCGACGCUGCUCCAACAACCGAGCCUCCAGCUGAGCAACAGCCAUCACCAAUACACGGCCGGCCAGGCCGCCUCGUCCCUCCUUCAACAGUCGACGGGGACCGUUCAACAUCGCAUCGAGGCGCUGGAAGCCGUGCAAGACGCCGGCAACGAUUACGGUUUCGUGAAGUUGCGCCCACGUCUGCGUAGCACGAACGCGACGCUCCACUACGAGGAGGAGCUGGCCGCCCAGAAGAACGCCAUAUGGGACCGGGACGCGUCGGCAUUCAGCGACCGCGAGUGCGACGGGAAUUACAGGGACCCCCCUUCCCUCAAGAUCAAGGACAACAGGGAGCACUCGCCCAAGGGUGCGGCGAACUCGAAGAAUCAGAACCCGCUCAGAGGCGCCCUCAUACUGUUCACCUCGACUUCGUCCUGGUGGAAGGCCAGGCAACGGGAGGACCAGCUGAACGCCGGGGAUCACCGCGCGUUCGCCUCGACCAGCAGCGGCGUGGCGUUGCCCUCUUCCGAGCGAAAGUGGUCCAGCACCUCGAUGGCGUCCCCCUCGAACGAAAGAAAGUGGCCCUCGGUGGUCACCUCGCCCACCAACGACCGCAAAUGGUCCAACAAUAACGCUCUGACGUCGCCGGGCAACGAGAGGAAGUGGACCAGAUCGUCCGUCUCGUCGAGCACGAACUCGGGCCAGCAGGACAGGAAGUGGCGCUCGCUCGGCGCCCUGUUGAGGGCCCCGACCGCCGCGACGCCCGCCUCGCACGCCGUCCACCACUCCUUGUCCCACAACAUGAGCGUCUCGAUGAUCGAGGGCGACCACUUCAGGGAGGACGCGCGCGGGUCAGCUUGCAAGUCGACGCGUUACCAGCAGCCCACCUCGUACUCGGCCCGCGUGUCGCGCGUGAGCCGGGACAUUUACAGGGAGAACGGCGGCGCGGAAUUCGGCCAGGCGGGGGGGAGGUCGAAGGUGAGCCGUAGGCUGUACCAGGAGGGCACGGACUGCUUGGACAGGGACACGGUGGAGGAGAGACACGCGAGACAGUUCGACGAGGAGUGCAGGGGCCGCGCGAAUCGGGAGAGUAUCUGUAAAACGGAGCAGCAACAGCAGGCCGUUAACGAGGGUACGCGUGGUUCGACGACGACGACGACGAGAUCGAACCGGGCUCAGAGCUUUUACCUUCUCGACGAUUUCCUGCGGCCCCAGCCCCAACAGGGCAGCAGCAACAACAAUAAUAACAACAACAAUAACAACAAGUGUAUGCUGAACGUUUAUCUGUCACCGUCGCACGCCGCGUCCAAGUCCACGUCUGGCAGUAAUGGUAACGAUCUGCUGCACUCGGCGGCGGGUAGAUCGGCCGACCAGGCGAAGCACCAGGUCUCGCAGGGGAACGCGAACGUGACGAACAUCACUCCGCCGCGGCGCCAUAACUCUAGCUCGGAUAGCCUCGAGGUCGCGACUAGUCCGCUUCCGCCGCCUGUCCCGCCUCCGCCACCUCAGGUGACCGCAACCCGUGACAGGGAGAGGGCAGAGAAUUUGAAAGAGAAGGACGUGUGCCAGUGCAAAGUGUGCUGGACCAAUAUGCAGCAGCAAAGAUGUUUCGUAGAAGAGGUGAGUAGGCGCUCCAAAGAACGUGCAUCUCUAUACCAAGAGACGGGGAGGAGUCCUGGAACGCUGCACAAAGAUGUCGGUGGUGCUGGUACCAAGGUCAGCGGAAAGACGGUCGGCGGUGUCGGCACUGCAACCCUUACCACGCUCUCUUCCAUUAAUAAUACAUCCAAUACCAGCCGGAACAAGAACAAUCCCGUAUCUCAAGAGAAAUUACUGUCAUUCUUUCAUCCCAAAACGACGCGAGUGGACAAGUCUGACAACAACAACACAACCAACUCCACCACCAACAAUAUUCACAACAACCUGCCGAUACACGAGCCUAUCAACGCCACAUCUCACGAUGUAUAUCCUGGGAGAUUGCCAAUGACAGCUCCAGAAGCUCUCAAGUAUUAUGGUUCGAGGCUCACCGAAUUUGAGCGCAACGAAAUCGAAAAAUACUCAGAGAUUUGGUACCUUGGUCUGUCGGCCACAAAAAUUCACGGCGAGGAGGGCUCAUCCCAAAAUGGUGGAUACGACGACGAAAACGGUAGUUACAACAAGGUCUUCCACGAUCAUAUCUCGUACAGAUACGAGAUACUGGAGGUGAUCGGGAAAGGAAGCUUCGGACAAGUGAUCAGAGCGUUGGAUCACAAGACAGGACAGUACAUUGCCAUCAAGAUCAUCAGAAAUAAAAAGAGAUUCCAUCAUCAAGCGCUCGUCGAAGUGGAGAUUUUGGAACAUCUCAGGAAAAAAGAUUUAGAAGCGAAUGCGUCGCACAAUGUGAUACACAUGCUAGAAUACUUUUACUUCAGGAACCAUUUGUGCAUCACCUUUGAGUUAAUGAGUUUGAAUUUAUACGAGCUAAUCAAAAAGAAUAACUAUAAGGGAUUUAGUCUGAGCCUAAUACGACGAUUCGCCAAUUCGUUAAUUAGCUGUCUGAGACUGCUGUAUCGAGAGAAGAUAAUUCAUUGCGAUUUGAAACCUGAAAACGUGCUUCUGAAACAGCGGGGAAGCAGCUCGAUUAAGGUGAUAGACUUCGGAUCCUCGUGUUACAGCCAUCAGCGUGUAUAUACAUACCUUCAGUCCAGAUUUUAUCGAAGCCCAGAAGUGAUUCUGGGUCUUCCAUACGGUACCCCGAUCGAUAUGUGGAGUUUGGGUUGUAUUCUAGCCGAGCUCUAUACCGGUUGUCCUUUGUUCCCGGGCGAGGAUGAAAUCGAACAACUUGCCUGCAUUAUGGAAGUUCUUGGCCUGCCACCGGAACAUAUUAUUAAUCACGCAUCCCGUCGCAGGCUUUUCUUCGAUCCGAAGGGAAGUCCUCGAUGCGUGACAAACAGUAAGGGCAAGAAGAGAUGGGCUGGUAGCAGGAAUCUUGCCAUAGCUCUUCGUUGCACCGAUACACUUUUCGUCGACUUUGUCCGCAGAUGUCUCGAGUGGGAUCCAAAGAAACGCAUGACCCCCGACGAGGCGAUGCGUCACGAGUGGCUGAACUCGUCCUCCUUUCACGUGAGCUCCUCGACGUCGACGAUAGCCGCGUCGACGGUGAACGCGAACACGAACGCGAACGCGAACACAACGAGCAUGGAAACGUCGUCGCAAUCCGCCCACGCUCAAACAGUUAGCGUGACAGUAAGCGCGCCCAGGCAACGGGCGACCACUGUCGAGGAUCCCCCCUACACGAUGUAUCGUUUGUGCAAAGGUCGUAAGUACGUGCAGAGGAUCAGCACGACCGAAAACACCGACAACGCAGGCCUCGUAGUGAAGAGUAAGCUGAACGGAAGCGCGAGCAGCCACGCGCUCGCGAGUAGCACGCAGACUACUACCUCGAGGCACGCCUCGACCGGCGAUAUCGUCGCGAGUCUGGACCCAAAUCUCGACGAUUCCGGCGCCACCGGCACGAGAAAAGAGAGAGCUGCCCACAGAAGCACUUUGUUCGACUAUAGUCAGAGCGACGAGUCCAACAUUUAACGAGUGUAGUAUCUAAACCACGUACAUAGGUCACACAUAACCUCAAACACAUACAGACACAGAACAAAUUUAUAGCGAAACAAGAAAUAUCAAAUUGUGUAUAAUAAUUAACAUUAAUAAAACUCGUGUGCGUUCGUAUGCAUAGUGCGUGAGAACGAAAGAAGAAAAAGAAACAGAAAUAUCAGAAAGGAACACAGAGGGAAGAUAUAUUAGAUAUGUCAGAGAGAAUGUGUCCAGCGAGAAUGCGUUACAUUAUCGCAUAUACAUAUAUACAUAUACAAUUUUACGUGUUAAGUAACCCACGCGGAAGCGAAAAAACGAGUUAAAUAUAGGAUAUUCAUUUAGAAAAUAGAGAAGACCGUUCGAACAACGUAGCUCCGAUACAUGGAGUCCCCUGUUUCCCUUACUCUUCCCUUUGGUACUGUUCUAUUGUGUAAAGUCGUGUCGAUUAAAUCGUUUAUAAAACUUUCAAUUGAAAAAUAUUUAGAAAACUAUCAGAAGAAAUAUUUUCCUUGAUAUAGAUUUAUAAUUAAAGUCUUAUAUAUAUAUAAUAGUGACGAUCUGGUCAUUUGAUCUGUUCGACGAAUUUAUUAUUCAAAUGUGAUGAAUGCAAAUAGACAUUCGAUAAACAUUGUUACGCUAUAACUACUGCUAUUUAAUAAGCAAGAAUAUAUAUACAUAUAGAUGUCAAAUAUCUAAAGUGUCUUAGAAGCAAAAAAAUUAUAAGUGCUUAAAUGAAGCUUAAUUUUACAUCCAAUAUCAAACAUUUAAUUGAGAAAGACUUUAUGAGAAAUACUUGUUUUAUAUCGGUUUUUAAACGAUUUAAUCGAAUCGAUUGAACACAUUUGACGCGAAAAAUUUACGAGCACGAAAAACGUGAAAUUGAAUCGAUAAAUCUUUUUCUCUUUCAUUAUGGUUUUUCGUUCUCACGAGUUAUUCACGUCAAUUGUACAAUCCUCAAACUUUUUAGUUGUGUUCACUAUAUUAUAUACAGUGGGAUCAAAUUACACGCGUUAGGAUCGACUAAUCUACGUAAACUGAUCGUCUCACGUUUAAUAUGUCGCCGUGUAUUCGCGCAUGCGUACAUGUCUUUCGUGAGAUGAAAUUUGCCUAAAAAAUUUAAAUAAAAAUUAUUGAAGUAUACUUUCUUUAGAAAUAAACAAAAAUUAAAAAAAGAAAAAAAAAGAAAGAUAUGGGACAAAGUGAUGUUUAAAUAAUCAAUUCAUGUAUCUUCUAAAACAAAAUUUCUUAUGUCAAAUUCAAUUGGAUUGAGAAAGAAUCAUUACCGUCUCGUAAUCCAAGUUUAUCGGUUAAUAAUAGCCGGAAUAGCAUGGACAUACAAGACAGUUACUUUCUAGUCCAAAAAUAUGUUACGAAAAAAGGGGGAUGGUCUAAAAAGGUCUAAACUCUACUAAAGAAUGAAAAGGGAAGGCUCUCUUUCAGGCUUCAGCGUGGAAUGCUCUUAGUGUAUAUCUGUUAGGACAACGUGUAACUAAUUAUCGAGUUAAUGACGUGAUUAGAUUUAUUAAAUUCAAUUAGAUAGUAACUGUGCAUAAAUGGCGAGAUCGUUGCCAUAGCCAUGACCGCGACCGUCCCUUUUCCCCCUCCCUUCUGGACAUAAUAUCGAUCCAUAAUGUUCGAUUAAUUCACAAAAUUAUCCUUGUGACUAUUAAUUGUUCUUGCUUAGUGUAUCUCAAUAGGACAAUCACAAAUAAUAAUUUUGUAUUAGUGUAUUACCAAAAUUAUAAUUAAGCAUUUAUGAAAUUUCAAAUAGCAAAUACUAUUUUUUUUUUGUCAAAAUCCAAACAUUGAGGUUCUGUGCGCUGUUGCCGAUUGAGAGACUAUAACGGAAUUUGUAAAUUUUCUUCACAUUGUAUGUUUCUGUCAUUGUCAAGUUCUCUUUAUAUAAUUAAAUUUCAUGUGGUUAAUAUAGAUCGUAUUUCUCAAAAUAAAAGCAUGUACAAAAUGUAAUAAGAAAUAUAUCUUUGGUAAUGACACAGAUUUUUGCAUGUUUGAGACAAAAAUCGAUAGCAUAAAUUCUAAUCGUGAUUUUCUUCAUUAGCAAUAUAUUAGCAUAUAUUAUUUUGAGUUAUUAUACUAAUUAAACAUAUAAAUAUAUGCAUAUUACAUAUAUGAGAAUUUUUUAUUCGAAAUGUAAUGAUGAGCUUCGCAAAAUAAAAAAUAAAUAAAAUGGAAUAAAAUCGGGAGGGGGAAAGGAUAUCUCACAGAAUAUAGAAGAAAUAUGGAAAGAAAUGAGAGGAAGAGAGAGGAGAGAGAGAAUGAGAGUGAGAGAGCAGGAAUUGAUAAUAGUGGUCGAUGUUGAAUAGCAGGAAAGACCUUGUUAUUAUCGUGCAGUGUGAGUUCGUCAAUUUCUGCUCAACUUAAUUAUAGUGAACGAAAAGAAUUGCUAAUAAUAAAUGAUUAUAAUAAUGACAUUAGUAUAUGUAACGAUACAAUACUGAAGCAUCAUCAUCUUUUGUAUCAUUUGUUCGUUUGUUUUUAUCUUACUGCGUUUGUCUUUCAUUAUUAAUGCAAUACCAAGAUGACUCGGUUUCGACACGGUAUCUUGUGUGUAAAUAUAUACUAAUAAAAAAUACAAACAUAUAAAAA